CAGCGAAGGAGUCAUACUCAGCUUUCCCCACCCUGACUGGUCUCCCUUAUUAUCUUCGCUCCUCACCUCUCAAUUCAACUUCCCUUUCUCAACACCUCACAUCUUCACAAACACACUUCCCAAUCACAAUCAUGAGCGGUCCUAAAGCUGUGGCAGAGAACAUGCUCUGGGGUGGUCGAUUCACUCAGGGCCUCGACCCCCUAAUGGUGCAGUACAACGAAUCCUUGCCAUACGACCGCAUUUUCUGGAAACAGGACAUCGCCGGCUCCAUUGCCUUUGCCCGCGCCAACACCAAGACCGGUAUCCUGUCCGAACACGAGUUCGCCGAGAUCCAGCGCGGUUUCGCCCAGAUCGCCGAGGAAUGGAGCACAAAUUCUUUCGUCGUUAAGGAGAAUGAUGAGGACAUCCACACUGCCAAUGAACGUCGCCUGUCGGAGAUCAUCGGCAAGGAGAUUGGCGGCAAAUUGCACACUGGUCGGUCUCGGAACGAGCAGGUUGCGACGGACAUGCGGCUUUGGCUCCGCGAUGAACUGCGCAAGCUUGACCAAUUUCUGUGCGAUCUCAUCAAGGUCUCAAUUGCUCGUGCCGAGUCGGAGAUCGAAUACCUCAUGCCUGGCUACACGCACCUGCAGAAGGCUCAGCCCGUCCGCUGGAGUCACUGGAUCCUGUCGCAUGCCACCGCCUUUGCCAGCGAGCUGCAACGUCUACGCGAAGUCACCAAGCGUGUCAACCGCAGCCCCCUCGGUACCGGCGCUCUCGCCGGAAAUCCUUUCCAGAUCGAUCGUGAGGCAAUGGCCAAGGAGCUGGGCUUCGAUGGUCUUUUGUACAACUCGAUGAAUGCCGUGGCCGACCGUGACUUCGCCAUGGAGACCAUGCAGUGGGGUAGCUCGUUUAUGCUGAAGAUCUCUCGCUGGGCCGAGGAUCUCAUCAUCUAUAGCAGCUUGGAGUUUGGAUUUGUUCGCUUGUCGGAUGCUUACUCGACUGGUUCGUCGUUGAUGCCUCAAAAGAAGAACGCAGACAGCCUGGAGCUUCUGCGCGGAAAGUCGGGCCGUGCUUUCGGCCAGAUGGCGGGCUUGAUGUGCACCAUCAAGGGUCUACCCACCACCUACAACAAGGAUCUGCAGGAGAGUGUCGAGCCUCUCCUCGACCACAUCAAGACCGUCGGCGACAGCAUUCAGAUCGCCACGGGCGUUCUUUCCACGCUUACCGUCAUCCCCGAGAAGAUGAUCGCGGCUCUUGCCCCCGAGAUGCUGGCUACCGAGAUUGCAGACUACCUUGUCCGCAAGGGUGUGCCUUUCCGUGAGGGUCACCAUAUCUCUGGCCGGGUUGUUGCCUUGGCUGAGAAGUACCGAGUUCCCAUGGAUACGUUGUCCUUGGAGCAGCUCAAGACCGUCGAUGCUCGCUUCGAUGACGACGUGCAAGCUUGCUUGGAUUACGAGCGUGCUGUCGAGCUGAAAGACGCUGUGGGCGGCACUAGUCGCCGGGCUGUUCUGGAGCAGACUGGCGUUCUGAGGGGGUUGUUGUAAGAUAUCUACUGGAUUUGGGUAUUUGGUGCACUAUUUCGGGACUUCUUUUUCUUUUGGGGCGAACAAUAGCAUGAGGGCUCUUUUACAUUAAUUUAAUACAAUACAUAGAGCGUGUUCUUGGAGACUAUGAUGGAGGCUCUUGACUUCAAAUGAGAACGAUGAUCUACUUG